AUGACGAUUAGCCCGAAGGACGCGACCGACAAGCCGAAAAUCGAAGAGUUUGCGCAGGGUAAAUCACUGGGCGAGGGCAACUUUUCGCGUAUCCUGGAAGCCACACACACUGCGACAGGAGAAAGGUUUGCUUUGAAAGUCAUCGAGAAGCAGCGCAUCAAACGAUUGCGCCUUCGUCACCAAAACAUCUUCAAUGAGAUCAACAUGGAGAAGGAGGCACUCAACCACCUGCGCCACCCGAACAUCAUUCGCCUGUACCAGACAUUUCAGGAUGACAACAAUUUAUAUUUUCUGCUAGAGCUGUUGAACGGUGGCGAGCUGCUCAGCCAUUUACUGCACGAAGGCCGACAAGUCGGACUGGAUGAGGAUCUCGCGCGCUUCUACUUGGCUGAUGUCGUGAACGCCGUCGAGUACAUGCACUCAAACCAAAUGCUUCAUCGCGAUCUGAAGCCAGAAAACAUGGUGGUUUGUAAGGAUACGGGUGGCCACCUGAAGCUCAUUGACUUUGGAACAGCCAAGAACCUGGCUGACAACAAACUGAACGGACCAAAUUUCGUUGGCACGCCAGAAUAUAUGCCUCCAGAGACGAUUGACAACAAGGAACCUACCUAUGCUAGCGACAUGUGGGCGUUCGGUUGCAUCGUUUAUCAGAUUCUGACAGGAGAAACACCGUUUAGUGGCGGGAGCGCGUACCUCACAUUCCUCCGUGUUCAAGAUGGAAGCUAUUACUUGCCAGACUACCUCUCUAACGACGCCAAGGAUUUGAUUAGCAAACUGCUGCAAAAAGUCCCCACAGACCGCCUAGGAGGCACUGAAAGCAAUGCUAUGAGUGCAGUCAAAGCACACCCUUUUUUCAAGGACAUCGACUUUGACAACCACGUGCAAGCACAACAGCCUGCUUCCCACUUUUGUGGACCAAAGCUAUUCCCGCUCGUGAAAAACCUUGCUGCCAUGGAGAAAGCUCGUAAUACACAAGACUCUUUGACCUUCGACGGAGACAUCUUACAAGAGCAAAUCAAAGCACUUUCGUCACGAGACACAAGUAUCUUGAUGCAUGUUCUUCGCCGCAAGCACAUCCUGCAUUUGCCGGGGCUAUACCCUCGCUUCUUUAGCUCGGUCAGCCGUGGUAGGUGCUUGUACGCCCGCAACCAAGGAUACGUAGGACUUACCCAUGAUCUUCAAAAUCAAUGGAGUGACACCUUCUCCUUCAUGCAGCUCUCAGGACCCAAACUUGGACAUGCCGCUGCCUUGACUGAAGCAGAUAACAGGGGUGGCUCUGUAUGGGAGACCGAAUCCGCAACAUUCCUCGAAGCUGUAAAAGUUCUGAACUACCAACAACCAGCCUUCGUUGUGAUUUGCGGAGACUUUGUUAACGCUAAGCCAAGUCAAGAAUUCUACACUGCUCAAGUCGUAGCUUUCCAGGAGCUGCUGAAUCAAAUCAAGCCGCAAAUCCGUCUGGUUUUUGCAGCAGGUUCCGAUGAGUUUGACAGUAAAGACGAACUGGCGAAGUACCAAGAACGCUUUGGUGAUUCCCGCUUCAGCUUUUGGUUCGGGGGUAUUAAGUGCAUCGUCAUCAACACUGCAAUGCUAUGUCACGCACAGGACUUCGAAGAAGAAAUACCAGCACAGACAGAAUGGAUGAAAAAGGAGCUGGAGAACGGAAAACUGUGUGCUCGUGGCACCGUGGUCUUUUCAGGCCACUCUCUUUCUCCGACGGUAAUAGGCGACUCCAACAACGAUGGACCGAAUAAUAUCCCAGAGCAGCUUCGAGAAAAAUACUGGGAUAUGAUUAAAAAUGGUCAGGCGUGUCUAGUGGUGAGCGGAAACUCAACGAACAAUAACGUGACCAGCAUCGUGACGAAGGCAUCCGAGGAAGGAGCAGAUGAAUACAAGUGCGAGGUUGUAGCAUGUAAAGCGCCCUUGGGAGGAGUUUCGAGCGUCAUCCAUCACACAAAGGUGUCCCAGUCUGGAGUCCACAGCCUGCUCACCCCCGAGGAAGAAGGUCAAGAAACAGUCUUGGCAGCCGAAAUGGUUACUAUUAAUGUUAACUCUGCACGCAAUGAUUGA